CUCUUUAGGAGUGGGAAGCUUUUCUUUCCUAUUAGGUAUGGGUGUGACUUCUUAUGAAUAGGAGGAGGAGCUCCAACCCUCAGGACCUGAAAACACAACCUCUGUUCUCCUCAGUUAAGGAGAACUCAACCUGGGUCAGGACCAGAAGAAGGGAAUCAGAAGCAAGGAAACAUGUGUGGGAAACCCAAACUUACCUACUUCAAUGGAAGAGGACGAAUGGAAUCAAUCCGGUGGCUGUUGGCAGCAGCAGGGGUGGAGUUUGAAGAAGAAUUUUUGGAAACAAGAGAACAGUAUCAAAAGUUAAUAAAAGAUGGAGCCCUGCUGUUUGACCAAGUACCAUUGGUAGAAAUUGAUGGGAUGAAGAUGGUGCAGACCAGAGCCAUUCUCAACUAUAUAGCUGCCAAGUACAAUCUGUAUGGGAAGGAUCUGAAAGAGAGAGCAUUCAUUGACAUGUAUGUGGAAGGAACAACUGAUCUCAUGGGAAUGAUCAUUACCUUUGAUUUCACUCCACCUAAGGAGAGGAAUCUUCCCUUAAUUAUUGAGAGGGCCACAACCAGAUACUUCCCAGUCUACGAAAAGGCUUUGAAACAACAAGGCCAAGAGUUUCUUGUUGGCAACCAAUUCAGCUGGGCAGAUGUACACCUGCUUGAAGCCAUUUUAAUGGUAGAGGAGAGAGAGCCCACAGUCCUUUCCAAGUUCCCUGUCUUACAGGUGUUUAAAGCAAGAAUAAGCAACAUACCUACAAUUAAGAAAUUCCUACAACCUGGCAGCCAGAGGAAGCCCCGACCUGAUGACCAGUAUGUGGCAACAGUGAUGAAAAUUUUAAAGAAAGAUUAAAUGUCAUGUUCCACUCAGAGAGGUUGUUAAAAUCCCUGGAAAAUCUAAAAGAAUCAGGGCAGUUUAGGUGAUCAACAUGACCAUAAUUAAAAGCAGCUACAUUUCAGUGACAUAAAAUAGUAUCUAAUUACUCUUG